GUACGUGAUCCACGCCACAGAGGAAUAUUACCCAAAGUAACUGGGUCCCGCAUCGGCCGUUAAUCCGCCCUUUUUCGCUUUUCUCCUUCCCCUUGUAUCAAAUGCCUAACCACCAUUUCUGUCCUCGCUCUUUGAUCUGAGUUUCUUUGUCCGUUCAUGGUAGAUUCGGCUGCUUACGUGCGCAAUACGAAUCCGAGACUCUUCGCGUCGAUCUGUUUGAGGAGAGGAGGAGCCUUUUGGGAUUCGUGAUCUGGAAUAUUAUCUACGUAUAUCAAAUGUCUAAUUUGCAAGGAGAUUACAACCAAAAGAUCGAUUAUGUAUUCAAAGUGGUGUUGAUCGGUGAUUCGGCGGUUGGGAAAACUCAGCUGCUGGCUCGGUUCGCUAGGAACGAGUUCAGCGUCGACUCUAAAGCCACCAUCGGUGUCGAGUUCCAGACUAAAACGCUCGUCAUCGAUAACAAAACCGUCAAAGCUCAGAUUUGGGAUACCGCUGGCCAGGAAAGAUACCGGGCGGUGACAAGUGCAUACUACCGUGGAGCUGUUGGGGCAAUGUUGGUCUAUGACAUGACCAAACGUCAAUCAUUUGAUCACAUGGCUAAAUGGCUGGAAGAAUUAAGAGGACAUGCUGACAAAAAUAUAGUGAUUAUGCUAAUUGGAAACAAAUGUGAUCUUGGAAGCCUUAGAGCAGUACCAACAGAAGACGCGCAGGAGUUUGCACAAAGAGAGAACUUGUUCUUCAUGGAAACCUCUGCUCUCGAGGCUACCAAUGUCGAAACCGCGUUUCUGACUAUUUUAACAGAGAUUUAUCGUAUAAUCAGCAAGAAAACACUAACUGCUGAUGAUGAUGACGCUGAUGGGAAUUCAAGUCUCUUAAAGGGGACUAGGAUCAUCAUUCCCAGCGAGCAGGAGACUGGGAAAAGAGGUGGAUGUUGCGGCAAAUCGUAACUCUAAAAGAAAAAGACAAUACAUGAUCGUGUUUUUUUUGGUUCUUGUUGUUUUUGUUUUGUUCAUUCUUAACCAUACUUUCUUGACACGAAACAAUAAGCAGAGAUUUACUACAGAAAAAGUAUGAGUGUGAAACCGAGAGCCCCCCAUUUUCUGCAUACCACGCAACAUUUUCAGAUAGUGAUUGUUUAUUUUUUGGAGAAACUGAGAGUAGUAGGUGAAUGAAUAUAUUUUGUUUCACGUACGUCCAUAAUAUUUUUCUAUGGCCGUAAGUACACUACCAAAGUCUAAUUAUCUACAAUAACAACAAGAACAUAUCUUCCUCUAGUUCUCAUUGUCUGUGUGGUUAUUAUGUUCACAAUUACAAUUAACAGCCUGACGUAUUUAUGUGUUAUUAGUUUAUAUAUUUUGAUUGAUUUAGAAAUUUAUAUAGUAUUUACAAAUCCAAGUAAAACAUACAGAUUUUAAAGUUUUAUCGGAUUAGUAUUUACAAAUCUGGAAGUUUUUCAUCGGAUUUGAGUUGUAUUUUUAAU